GUACGCAUGUUGUAUUAACUCAUUUAUGGUAUUAUUUUAGCAUCCACAAGUCAUAGAUACUUAAUCGUAAAAUAACUUGUAACAUUGAGCCAUUUGUAUAAAUUGUAUUUUUUUUCCUAUACAGCCGUUUGUAAGGAUGGCAUUAAAAAAUAUCUUAACCAGAACGACGGUAUUUUCAUUUUUUAUUUUGGCAAUAUUUACUGUCAUAAACGCAAGACCCGAAGGAAGUAGUGAGGAUGAAGAUAAAGGGUCAAAUGAAAGUGGAAAUGAGUCAUCGGAAAUCUACCCAGAAAACCACCUAGAGCAGCUCGAAAGAGAAGCUGCCGAAAGUGGUGCCGUAGAAAGAUGUCUCCGAAAGAGUGAUCCAGCUGCCUUAUACGAGGCUCUCCAAAACGAAUACGAAGAAAGUGUAAUAACAGAUUACGCAACUCCUGAUUCUACAGAUGGAGAAUCUACAAGUUCAGACGAUUACGCAACGCCUAAUUCUACAGAAGAGGAAGCUGCAAGUUUAGACGAAGGAGAACAUAUUGAAACCGAACAGGAACAAGUCGACGUCGCACAACCAUCUUCUUCUGCAAUUCAAGUACAAACUAGCGAGCUUGACAAGAAGAAGGGAAAAAUAUGCGGUCGUUGUUUGGUUCCAGUUAAUAAAUUGACACAAGUUUGUCCAAUAUGCUCUGAAAUGUUGUAAAAGAUAAUGCUGAUUUGUGAACAGAUUGAUUCACUCAAUUAAAAAAAUAAUAAGUUUAUCCUAAAAUAGUAUAUUUUGUAAUAUUAUCACUAUUAUAUUCAUACAUUACAUAUUAAUAUUGUCUGUUAAGAGUUAUAAUUAUCUUUUUAGUGUUACACAAUUUAUUGAUGCAAUAAAAAGUGUAUUAUGAAUAAUACCAAUAGGUCAAAAUCAAGAUUUCGCAUUUUCUUGU